AGCUGAUGAAAGAACAGAAUCGAGAGUUGAGAGGGACUCAACGAAAUAUAGCAAGAGAUCGAGCAGCCUUAGAGAAACAAGAGAAACAGCUGGAAAUGGAAAUUAAAAAAAUGGCCAAAGCGGGGAACAAGGAAGCCUGUAAGAUUUUAGCCAAGCAGCUGGUGCAGCUGCGGAAACAGAAGACCCGCACAUAUGCUGUGAGUUCAAAGGUUACCUCCAUGUCCACUCAGACCAAAGUAUUGAACUCUCAAAUGAAGAUGGCCGGUGCCAUGGCUACCACAACAAAGACAAUGCAGACCAUGAACAAGAAAAUGGACCCACAGAAGACCUUACAAACUAUGCAGAAUUUCGAAAGGGAAAACGCGAAAAUGGAAAUGACCGAAGAAAUGAUGAACGAUACGUUGGAUGAUAUUUUUGAUGACUCUGAUGAGGAAGGUGAAACCGAAGGCAUUGUAAAUCAGGUGUUGGAUGAAAUUGGAAUUGAGAUUUCUGGAAAGAUGGCUAAUGCUCCAUCAGCUGCCAAAGGUCUUCCUGCAGCAACCACAUCAAAAGCUGGAAUUUCAGAUGAGGAAAUCGAACGCCAGUUGAAAGCUUUAGGAGUGGAUUAAACAAUGCAUUAUUGGGGGCUGUGGGCAAGAGGAGAAAGAAGUCUCUCUGUUUAUAUGUAAAUACUUUACUUUCUACCUUAACUAACUUGGAUUUCCAGUAAAGACUGGAUUGUGUACAUUUAAUUGGAGCAGUGUGGACAUCCUUCAGCAACAACAGAAAUGCACCUUUCUAAAGUGGAAUCUGAAACUUUUAACUGGAUCAUGCCUGGCUCUUCAAUGCUUCUGCUUUUAAGUAAUCUAUGAAAUGUCUGAUUAGCAUCUCUGGAGUGGAGAUAUAUGCAGAAUUCAUGACACUUAUAACCACACUACUGAUAAAUGCAGUUCAGUAGACUGAUUAAUUUGUAUGACUCUGUUUUUCCAUGUUGAAGUGCCUACUUUAAAUUCCACUUUGAAAGAUGACUGAAGAAAAUGUAUGUUUGUUGCUGCCAAUUACUACACUCAGCUCUCGCAUUCUGUGCUGUUAACCACUCAGCUGAACAUUAUAUGUAACCGUUGUAACAUUUUCUAUUUCUUCUAAAUAAGCUGCUGAUCAAUUCCUUGUGUCAGUAUUCAUUCAGAUCAGUUUGCAAAGCAAUACUUCCAAAACUUCUGAAAGCAAAUUAUAAUUCACAGUUUACAAAAUCCCUGCUGUGUGCGAAGUGCUUAAAAAUCUCACAAAAAUUCAAUAGUAAUGGUCGCAAUUUCACUUUACAUGCCAUUUUCCAGGAGCAAUUUCUCUGACUGGUAACACUUGUUUAGCUGCAUGUAUGUAUAUGAUCUGAAUGGAUAUUCAAAGCUUAAACCUAUUAAAUUUUAAGAGGUCUUGUUCAAUGACUAUUUUGAAUCUAAAAGGAGCUCGACUUCCAGAUUAUGUGGUAGGUUUACUUUUAAAAGUAACAUCAUCCAAUCUUUCACACUACGCCUCUGAAUGUUGAUCUGCCUCAGUCAUAUAAUUGGCAAUUAAAGAAAAUUGCACAAAUUGGUCAAGUGAUUAUACUUAAAACAAAGAUCUAAAUUUAUUGCAGUGUGGAUAGUAAUAUCUGGAAAAUGUGACUUUGUUAAAUAUUUUUAAGUGUAACCUAAUCCAUUUUAUCCAGGCCUUUAUCUUUUUAACUGAUGGCAGCUUUAUUAUUCCAUCAAUUCAUUGUUUGCCCUUAUUAAUUCCUUGCAUUUAUUAAUUGCAUUUAAUUGAUGGAAUAAUUUGCAGAAGCCUUCAGGGAUGUGCUCAGCAAUGUUUUAAAAUGAAGGGUGCCUGCCAGGUAAAUAUGUAACGGAGUUAUAUAUUGUGUAACAUUGUAGUGCAAGCUGCUGCUGUACAUCCACAGUCAGGCCAGACCCAACGUUUCUUGAGAGCAAGUGCACACUCCUCAAUGCAGCGAGGCCUUGGCAGCAUUCAUGCUAGAGAAAUAGAGAGCGACUUACAGGUUCUUUUUUCCUCCCCUGCCUGCUGACAGAACUGUUAUUCCCUUCCUAAAUCAUUACUGGUUGUGAUAUGAGCUUUUGCCCUCUGCUGGGAGAGGAUGACAGAAAGGGAGAAAAUAAAAGAUGGGGAAAUAGCAAACUCCGCUUUUGGUCUUGUAAACUCAAAUGCAGUGCAGCUGUUAGGCAAGUUAGUCAAUUAAUACAUAGCUACGUGCUACUGUACUCUAAAACUAUUUUUUCCCCAAGGAUUUGGAGCCAGCACAGUUGAAACAACAACUUACAUUUGGAGCUCCAAUGUACUUGCAAGCUUCCUAUACUAUCUAUUCUAUGUAAAAUUAAUGUAGACCCUCAUUUGGUUGUUAACGGAUAUACAGUAUAAACCAUGUGUUUUAUAUAAUUAAUGAAACUAGAAAAUAUAUUGGGAUUUUGUGUGAUAUUGCCACAUUCCUUGAGAAAUGAGGAAAAGAAAACACUUAAAUAUUUAAGACCAUUCUUUCUCCCAAGUCACGUUUUCUGGACUACUCAGGUUCAGUUUUAAUUUGGAUCCUGUUCACACUUGUCGUUCACACUACACAGAUGCUUAAAUAAUCUCAUUUAUUUGGUAAGAGCAUACAGUCAAGCAACAUGUCUAGCUUGUGAACAACCAGUGAAACAACCUUGUGAGUUGUAAAAAGGAGCUUUAUAUUAGCAAGCUUACAUCUUGUUAAGAGCGACAAAACAUGUUUGAGUGACCUGCUGUUCGGUCUGGAUUUCUUCAUUUGGAAUUACCUCCGACACAUGUCUGACAUUGCUCACUUUGUUAACGAAAUGUUAUUUGCAUCAAGGUUAGUUGAUGUUGUGAUCAACUUUCGGUUGCCAGAAACUUUUAACGUUCAUGAAAAAGUCAUUUGUUUUCCCUCUCUCUCGCCUCGUGGCUAUACACAGUCGGGACUCUUCCAUUUGAGUGCACCAGUACAUCCUUGGGGUAAUCUGAGAAUUGGCUUGAAUACCUUUUUAAGCAACAACUUGCAUUUGUACAGCAGAUGUUAGUUGACACUUUCUAUUGACACUUUUUAUUGCACUGAGGUUAUUCAGGUGACUGACUGACUGAUAGUCCUUUAUGCUUUCUGUACUUGUUUAUGUACCAACUGAUAAUUCUGAAAACUGGUUUGUUUCUUGGAAUUUUGUGUUAAUUGUUUUAGAUCUCUUAAGGGUGAAGUGGAAAGGGCAGCUUCGCUGAAAUUUGCCUGCAUAUUUAUAUUACUUUGAACGGGAUGAUUUCUUUAAAGCAAUGGUGUUGAUCUCUUGUAAGGUGGGGGA